AUGAAUCCUGUAUCUAAACUGAAUACGGAUUCUCCAAAAACUCCUGGUGGAAUCAGUAAAUCUUUAUUAACGCCUUGUAGACGAGUUGGUUUAUCCAGAAAAUUUAACAAGAAAGGUCCUUCUCCCUUUAUAUCUCCACUAUCCAGCAGCACUAGUUCUACUAACAAUGUAGUAGAGACACCAAAGAGAGAACAAAAAAAAAGAAAAGUUGCCUCUAAGAAUGAUGAAGAGAGUAAAAAUAAUUUACCAUCUACACCUGAAACGAUUGAAUAUCAGUCUUAUAACAAAAAUAUAAUUAGUACUCCAUUACGAAAUGUCCCACUUUCCAAAAGGAAAUCUAAAACUCAUAUAUUAAUGCAGGAUGAAGAUAUCGAAAAUAAAGAUGACAAAAAUUCAAUUGAAGUUAUACACAGUUUUAAGGAUGUUACUAAAAUAUCUUCACCAGAUUUUACAAACUAUAAUUGUACGAAAAAGGCUAAAAAUGAUGAUAAUAAAAGUACUAUGGAAAUUGAUUCUUCAGAUGUAGGUAAAAAUAACGCGGAAAAUUUUCCUAACAAUUUAGCAAAAGAAUGUUUUGUUGUGAUUCAUAAGAAAAUGUUAAAAAAUCUUAGAUGUAAGGAACCAGCUAAUACUCAAGUGGAGAAGCCUAAAUCACAGUCCCUAUUUGAUUCAGAUUCUGAUGAUGUACCCCUGUGUGAUUUAAAUAAGCCUGUGUUAUUUGAUAAUUGUGAUAAUGUUUUUGUUGAGAGUAAAAAACAUAUGGUUAAAAAGCCAGCACUUAAAAAUACAAUUAGUAAAAACAAGUCCUCUACUAUGAAUAACCAAACACAAAUGAAAAACACCACACCACAAAUAGUUGCUCAGAGCGCAUGUGAUGAUGAUGAUGAUUUUGAGUGUUCUAAGAAAACUAUAAUUGUUAAAAAAUCAUAUAACAAAAUGAUUAAACCCAUAAAAGCGAAAUCAACGGGAUCAAUAACAGAGAGAGAUAUAGACAAUUUAAAAGCAAGAAUAGAAAUGAAAAAGAAACUUUUAGAAGCUAGAGUGAUGACUGAAGACUCAAAUGAACUCAGAAAUCUAGUGAAAAAAUGGCAAAAAGGUUUUCAAGAAGCAUUUAUGGAACUCUUUGAUUUAAUGAGAGAAAAGCUACCAGAUUGCAGGAAUAUGGAUUUUUCCGAAAUACUACAAACAUUGCAGAUUCCUCCAGGAUUGGUUGGCUAUGAUGUAGAUAAAGACUGUUUUGUAACACCAGAUGAUAGUAAUAUCCUUUUUUCUAGUAUAAACAAUUAG